AAAAAAGACUGCUAAACAGUCUUUCUUUUCAAACUAAACUGAUAUAAAAUAAAAGAAAAACUUUGACUUUGCAUGCAAAAGAAAAAAAAUCGCAGGUUUUCCAUUAAAAAGGAAAAAUCAUUUUAUAUUAUAGUUUCUGCGGAAGGAAAAUAGCGAAUGAAAAAUAAGAAAUUGUGGAGACUCUCAUACAACAUAUUUCAUUAUUGAUUUAAUAACUAUAGUUCGUUGUAUUGUUAGCUCAUUUUUUUCACUUUUAUUUUCAGAAAUGAACGAAUUAUGGCACCGACACAAAACUCAACAUUAAUAAAUUUAAUAAAUGAUGAUAUUAAAUCGAUAACAUCAGAACGCUUAAGUCCAAUUUCGGUGCAGGAAGAGUCAUCAGAUAAUAGCGAUAAUGAGAGUGAACUGACUGAAGAAAUUCCCAUUUACAUAAAUCAAGUUCCGCGUUAUAUAUCAGGAGUUAAUAGACGAACAACUUGCAAUGACAUAAUAAAAGCUUUGAUCGAUGACGAAUUGGCCAACACGAAAGCAAGUAAACAAUUAAUUUGUGACCCGUCACAUUAUAUUUUGUAUGAGCGAUUCCAAGAUAUUGAGCAUGCAUUAGCUGGAGACGAACUGAUUUAUGAGCUUUGGCAAAACUGGGGCGAUAAUAGACGCGAUGUACAAUUUAGGUUGAAAAUAAAUAAAGAAUUUGAAAUUGAAAUGAGAGAGAAUGAGCAAAAGUAUCGAGCAAAGGAUAAGAAGAUUCGUAAGAAUGGAAUUAAAAAGCUACUGAAAAAAGUCCUUCAGCAAGGCGAGAUGAUUCAAAAACACUUGAACGAGAUCAAUCAUCAUCAACAUCCACAAAAUCAUUUCUAUCUUGAACCAUGCUCGGAAAAUUCUGAUUUUGAAAUUGCACAAUGUGAUGACGGUGUAUCGACACUACCAAGUAUGUCUCGAUGGAAUAAUGCAGUUGUUACAGACACAGAAGAUGAGUUGUUCCUUAUAAUUGAGAAUCAUAAUGAUAAUGACUCAGGUGUCUUCAUAUCAAAAGAACAAAGGUCAUUCCAUGAAAUGGAAAUUGAUGAAUGUAAAAUCAGUAUGGCAUCAACGCCUAAAAGAAAAUUCAGGAACGAUCGUGAUUUUGAAUCGCUUAAAGAUCAUGCAAUAAAUGACAUUCAAUGUGUUGAGAGUUUCACUCGAACAAGCUGCAAAUUUGAAUUAAUUCAUAAGGAACUAAAGUCUGAAAUGAACAAUGUUAAAGAGAUUAUUGAUCAGGAGCACUCAUUUUUGAGGCAAAUUAAUCGACGAAGGAGCUCGCUCGAUAAUAUUACGUUUGACAAUACACUAUUUAGUGAAUUUUGUGAUAAUAAUGAAACUGUUAUUUUAUAAUACUCUAUUAUUGGUACUACUAAUUACAAAAUCAAUAAAGAAACAAUUUUUUAUACAUUUAUCUUAUUCCAUG